AUAGAUAUAAGUUCUGAAUUAUCAUAAUAAUAGCGCUAGUAACACAACGAAUCAGCAAAGAUGUUUCACGUCAAAUAGGGAGAAUAAUCUUCCCGUUUCAAAAGUGUCCGUUGGGCGUUUAACUGACCCAAAUUGGUGGGACAAGUGCAGCUAGAGGAUAAAUUUCAUAGGAAACGACAAAAAUACAAGUACAAAUUAUAGAGAUAAAGCAAGAAGUAAGGUUGAAAGUGUGUUCGUCUUUUUGGGUCCCUUUGGCUAUACUAGCGCUAUUGUGGAGAAUUUCUGAACCAUUAUUUAACCUUUUCCGCUGGACUCUUUCUCAACAAUUUUACCUUAAGCAGCAGAAAAUUCAUAAGAUAUUCACAACGGUUUCGUCUGCUGAAUACGGCCAUGUAAUGAUUUCUAAAAUAAAAUUAUUUAAUCUAAUUCUAAUGUUCAUCGAGUGAAAAACAAUAAUUACUGAUUUCUAUGACCACCACACCAUUUUCAAUUUUUGGGGUUAUAUUUUUGAAUUUUCAUUGUUUCUACACAUAAAAUCUUAGAAAAAGUUUUUAAAUAGAUAUCUAAGAAAUGUUCCUUCUUAGAAAUUUAAGGAAAAAUAAUGUAGCCCUUUUUAAAUAUUCUUAUAUCAUAAAAACCUUCAAGAACGCUUCGGUAGAAGAUGUUCCCUCUGUUUCUUCUUCAUCUAUAAAAAAGACAUUUAAAUCUUCAAAUAUUGAGUUUGAAGAAGGUCACACAUGUUUUAAAACACAAUGUCCCAUUUGUAAACUGAAUUCAAAGCCCACUAUUUCUACACUGUAUGUCAAUAAAACGACUGGUCUCUUUAUGUGUCCAAAAUGUAAACAUAGUGGUGAGUGGGAUUUUCUGCUAACUUAUCUAACUAGAAAUGGAAAAAAACCGCCUAAUCUUAAAUGGGAAGAAGUACUUGGAAAUUCUUUGAAAAUAGAAGAAUCAGUUAAAUCUCUUCAACAGUCGACAAUUCCGAUAGGUGCAUUAGACCAAAACGCUCUACAUAAACUCCUGAAAAAGUUAAAACUUCCAGUUGUAGACAAAAUUGCAUUAGAAUCCCUCAAGCUAAGAGUUGAUGGAAAAUUGAGUGAAAUUUAUUUUCCUCUUCAAAAUGCUGAUGGUGAAGUUGUAGGAUAUAAAAUUAUUGGAAACGGGAUAACUACUUUUCCAGAUACUAAAUGUGGAGGACUUUUAAAAGGAACUCCUACAAAAGCUACAGAUGUUGCAGUAUUAGUUGGAAACCUUGCAGAUUUUUUAAUUUUAUCUACUUCUAAUAUUAAUGCAACUACAAUUUGCUCUCCUAACGGUAUCAAAAGUUUACCUCAGUAUGUUUUACCAACUUUAGAGAAAUAUAAAAAGAUAGUGUUAUGGUUAGGUUCAGAUACUCAAGCUUGGGAUACUGCACGGAGGUUUGGCAAGAAGUUAGGUGAAAAGAGAUGCUAUUGUGUACGCCCUAAUAAUUCAAAAGCAGCUUUACCUCAUUUAGAUAAAGCUCAAGACUUCAUAUCAUUGAUAAAUAAUGCUCAACGUUUAUGGCAUAAAUCAAUAACAACCUUUGCUUCACUUAGACAGGAUGUUUUAUCUGAUCUUCAAAAUAUGGAUCAAGUAGAGGGUAUCAAAUGGCAAAGAUUUCCUUCGCUCAAUAAAAUUCUUAAAGGCCACCGUAUGGGGGAGAUGACUGUGUUAACAGGACCAACUGGAAGUGGUAAAACAACAUUUAUCAGUGAAUAUUCUCUUGAUUUAGCAUUGCAAGGUGUAAGUACAUUAUGGGGUAGUUUUGAAAUUAGAAAUGCCAGAUUAGCAAGAACGAUGAUGCAACAAAUGGUUGGAAUGCCAUUAGAAAAAAAUUUGCAUUUAUUUGAAACAUGGGCAGAUGAAUUUGAAAAGUUGCCCCUGUACUAUAUGACAUUUCAUGGUCAACAAAGUAUAAAAGUUGUGAUGGAGGCAGUUGAGCAUGCUGCUUAUGUUCACGACAUUAGCCAUGUUAUAAUAGACAAUCUACAAUUUAUGAUGGGUGUUACAGAAGAAUCUAAACAUAUGGAUAGAUAUUGGAAACAGGAUGCUAUAGUGGCAGCUUUUAGGACUUUUGCGUCAAGAAAAAAUUGUCAUGUGACACUCGUUAUUCAUCCUAGAAAAGAAAGGGUAGAUGAAGAGUUGACCACAAGCUCUAUAUUUGGUGGAGCUAAAGCCUCUCAAGAAGCAGAUAAUGUACUCCUCAUUCAGGAUAAAAGACUUACAGGUCCUCGUGGUAAAAAGUAUCUUCAAGUUGCCAAAAAUAGAUAUAGUGGAGACUUGGGUGUUAUGGCUCUUGAUUUUGAUAAAGACUCUUUGAGUUAUGCACCUAAAAAGAAGAAGAAGUCGGAAGUAUCUCCCGAACACUCAGCUUCCGAACAAGUAAAACGGGAUAUACUUUUGGAAUAAACCAUUGAAUAUUAAAUCAACUGCAAUUUGUGAUAUUUUUUAACAGAUAUUGAUCUGAUGUAUAUUUGUAAAUAAAUACUUAAUAUAA